GCAUAUAGAUAAAUACCUGUUCUCAGAUACCUCAUCCCAUUGAGUGGAAAUAGGCAAGCACGUUUCUGUAUGGGAAGGAGAGGAGAGGAAGGGGUAUUUUGUUGUCUGUGUUUAUAACAUUUUAUAGGUAGCAGUGAUGUUAUUGCCCCUAGAACAAGGGUUCUCAACCUCUGAGUAGCUCCCUAUCCCCACCAAAGGCUCUACCUGCAGCCCUAAAGGGCAUUAACAGUUGUUCUCUUGUGAGAUCGGUGUGCACAUUCAGUUCUUUUAAAGGGGAUACAUGCCGAUUGAGAAGAGUCAUAGCCUCAUAGUGACAGCUCUCAGAUCUAGGAGAAGAGUUAAGGUUUGUUGCAGGUCAGAGAACAAAUUUAAUCUCAGGUGGUAAAGGUACAAUAGGCCUAACAGAGAGGCUCUGUGUUUGGGGAAGAGUAUUGGGGAGGAACCAUGGGGAUCAGCAAAUGCUAGCAUUCUAUAGAUGGGAGCCAUUUUAUGAUUUAAAGUAUCUUUAAAGCCUGUGAACAGCUUGAAGGGAAUGCACUUUACAGCAGAACUGAUGAACAGGAAAAGAGAAGGAAAUGCCAUUAAAGAUUCAGCAUUUUUAUGAAAAUGAGACAAAGUGCAAUACUGGAAAGUAGUGAGGUCUCUUCUGGACCUUGGAACAUGACAGAAGACAAGAACACAACACCUAGCUUCUCUUCACCCCUGAGGUGCUCCGGUGUUGUCUUCUAGGAUUCAAAAAACAACAACAAAAACCCCAAAGGAAAAAAAAAUGGGGGGGAGGAGGUUUAAAAAAAACACCAAAACAAACCCCUCCCACAACUCUCUUCCCAGCUCAGAAAAAUCUGAGACCUUUUCCACAGGUAAUCCUAACUUCAGGGUUCUGUGUUACUGUAUAGGCUGAGGGAAAAAAAACUGAAGCCUGUAAGACAUUUAAAGAGACACAAUGUACACCCACCAUUGGUAAACAGGUUGAGAAUCCCUGUUUCUAAAGAGAGACCUGUACUGAGCCCACAUGGACCUAUUUGCUGCCACAAUGGGACAUGUUUCAGCAACUCAUAUUGGAUUUACACAGACACCCCCAGAGCAUACUCCAGUCUGCAGUCUAGGCAAAAUCCUAAUGCACAGCAGUCAUUUGAGUAAAUUGGAGAAAAUGCCAGUACCCACUUGAAAGAGUCCUGAAGUGAGAAAACAAUAGUGUGUGUGACUUUAAGUUCUGAUGGUUGCAAUUUGUGCAGGUCUCGGUUGAACAACUGAGUUUUGCACCCUUGUAGAAAAGGUAAUUUAAUGUUUUCUU